ACAACUUUACUCUUCACAUCUCUACCACCACAAAUCAUGAAGACUUCUCUGGUCCUCCUUACCCUCAGUCUACUGGCUUGUUCAGUUUGGGAAGUCUGUGGACAAUGCCAAGAGGUUAACCUUGAUGACCAGGAAGUAGUGGAAGCACAGCCAGAAAAGCACAUGUUUAAGGGAACAUGCUGGGCGUGUAUGUGGGCACUGAACAAAGUGAAGAAACACAUCUCCUCUUCCUCUAGCGAGGUGCAGAUAAAGCAGAAGCUAUUGUCUGUUUGCGAUACAUUGGGCCUCCUUAAAUCUCUGUGCAAAGGCAUGGUAAAAAAGCACUUGUGGGUGUUGGUUGAGGAGCUUAGCACCAGCGAUGACGUGAGGACCAUCUGCAUUAACAUUAAGGCCUGCAAACCAAAAUACAUUUUGGAUCUGAGCUACUGAUCAAGCAGCCAGUAUCCAGAUUCCAAAUUGAGAAGAUGGAUGUUCAGGUGUCAAGACAAUGCUAUGCUGCCAGCCUCUUGCCUUUUCUCAAAUGAGUCACGACACAAGAAUGAUAUGUUAUUGGAAUGAUUAUAUGUUCUGAAAUAAUGUUUUUGGAACAUUAUUAUAAUAGUGUAUAGUCAUUCUUAAAUUGCAGCACAUUUUUUAUCAUGUAAUUUUUGUUCACUUUUUGCUAUUUUAGUAUAAAAUAGUCUAUUAUUCUCAGAAUUUUUUAUGUUUGUGUGACUUUUUUUGCCAGCAAAAAAUAAAUUAAUUUAAUAUAUAGUA